CUGGGAGAAGUAGUAACAAGCCGGAUUCAAAAUGGCGGGGAUGAGAUACCCAGGAUAUCCACCUGACAAAAAUGACAAAAGUCCAGGACUUUCCUUGAUGCUUUCCCUGGCAUUAAACACCGCAACUCAUCCUCUAACUACUGUUAAAGUUCUAGUUCAGGUUGGUCAUGAACCCUUGCCAGCAGUUGCUUCCAAAACUAUUUUUGGCAAUCCGGUGAUGAAGCUUCCUGGCCUACUUGAAUAUGGCAAACACAUCAAGAAGACAGAUGGUUUUUUUGGACUUUACAGAGGACUUGUACCGAGAUUAGUCUGUGGGGUCAUUGGCUCUUUUGUGAAUGAUGCAACAUUAGAGGCUCUUCAAAGUAAGGAUGAUCCAUUAAGUGAAUCAUUUGGUCUUGAACCAGUAGAGAAGGAAUUUAAGGAUGAAGUAAAGGAUUUUACUAUUGAGACAUGCAAGCAGACAGCGGCAAAGUGUAUAGCAGUGAUGGUAUCUCAUCCCUUCCAAGUUAUCACUGUUCGAAUGAUAGUCCAGUAUGUUGGCAAGGAGACUAUUUACAGUGGAAUGUUUUCCUCAAUCAGAGAGGUGUUUAAUAACCAUGGGAUUUUUGGAUUCUUUGAUGGUGUAGUUCCAAGAUUAGUAGGAGAAGUGCUGUCACUCUGGAUCUAUAGAACUCUUCAUUUCUUUAUUACUCAGUAUGGGCUGGACAAAGAGAUGGCGGCAAGAAAAGAAAUCAACAUUUACACCACAGCUCUUUCUCAGUGGCUGUCAAGUCUUGUCACCUAUCCGUUCACUCUGGUAUCUAACGUCAUGAUAACUAAUCAUGUUGGUCUCGUUGCCGGGGAACCGCCAGCAAUGCCUGUCUACACUGACUGGGUUGACUGCUUCAAGCAACUGCGAUCUUCUGGUGAUCUUUGGAGAGGAUCGAGUCUGUUACGACGAACAGCGAAAAUGAACAAAAGAAAGUAACCUGCUACCCGCUCUACAGCAGUAUUAGAAUACGACCUACAGACUCGUACAAGGUUUUGAUGAUUUUUGUUGUUUUUUUAGUGAUAAUUACAAGCAUGUUCGGUCAGAUUUGUAUCAAACAUUCUUCAUUCUAAACAAUUACAAUGAAGGGCCAGUUUAAAUAUAGUUUUAAUCGCAAAAAAAUUGUGUCAAUGGUCUUGCCCCUCUCCUUUAUUUGGUUUCUCGUAUUAAUGUACCUUGUACAACAUGACUUACUAUAGCAAAAAGGUUUGUACAAAAAUAAAUGUGGUCAGACUUUA